ACCCGUCUUCUUUCCCCACCAGUAAAAAACACCAUGGCCAUCAAACCAGUUUUAUUUUAUUUUAUUUUUAUUUUUAUUUUUUUAUUUUUUAACAUUACAUGUUUUUCGACACCGUGCCAUUAUCGUUCCAUUGGUUUUUGUCCCAUACUACAAGGAAUCAUGCUAAGUAGAGUUCUCCGUUCUCUCAAACAAACAAAACACACCUAGUAUAUAGUCUUUUCCCUCAUUUCCAAUUCUACUGUCCCAGCACAAACCAUGAUUCUCUCCUCUUCAAACCUGACUUCCCCAAAUUUCAAGCAAAACCCAGUUUCAGAAUGCCGAUUCUGGUUGGAAAACCCUACUUUUAGGCGCUUAAUUCCCCUCGGGUACAGAGGUUUCAGGCACAAAACUGUAAAUCCAGUGCUUUCAGUGGCCAACAAGCAAAAUCCACUCUCUGAAUUUUCCAUUUUAGGCUCCCAAACCAGAGGUUCGAGUCCCAGGAAUGGGAAUCUACGUUUUGGGGUUUAUGAGCGUGGGUGUUUGAUGAAUUGUAAAGCUGUAGUUGCAGAGAAAGAAGUAGCGAAAAAUGGGUUUUGGGGGGUUGAAAGGGAAGGUUAUGACGCCAUAGUUAUAGGUUCAGGUAUGGGUGGUCUGGUUGCUGCCACUCAGUUGGCUGUUAAAGGAGCUAGGGUUUUGGUUUUGGAGAAAUAUGUGAUCCCUGGUGGGAGCUGUGGUUAUUACGAGAGAGCUGGUUAUACAUUCGAUGUUGGUUCUUCAGUAAUGUUUGGGUUCAGUGACAAGGGGAACCUAAACUUGGUGACCCAAGCCUUGGCAGCUGUGGGGAAAGAGAUGGAGUUAAUACCGGAUCCAUCCACUGUUCAUUUCCAUUUACCAGACAAUCUCUCCAUUCGCGUGCACAGAGAGUACGGCGACUUCAUUACCGAACUCACAGGGAGUUUCCCUCAUGAAAAAGAAGGGAUCUAUAAAUUUUACAGUGAGUGUUGGAAGAUCUUUAAUGCUUUGAAUGCAUUGGAGCUGAAAUCACUCGAGGAGCCAAUUUACCUUUUCGGUCAAUUUUUUCGGAAGCCAUUAGAAUGCUUAACUCUUGCUUAUUAUCUGCCUCAGAAUGCUGGGGACAUUGCUCGAAAACACAUAAAAGAUCCCCGUUUACUGUCUUUCAUUGAUGCAGAGUGUUUUAUUGUCAGCACGGUGAAUGCCCUUCAGACCCCAAUGAUUAAUGCAAGCAUGGUUUUGUGUGACCGACAUUUUGGUGGAAUCAAUUACCCAGUUGGUGGUGUAGGGGGGAUAGCAAAAUCUUUGGCGGAAGGCCUUGUUAACAAUGGUGGGGAAAUUCUGUACAAGGCCAAUGUGACUAGCAUUAUACUUGAUAAUGGAAAGGCUGUAGGGGUGAGGCUUUCAGAUGGAAGAGAGUUUUUUGCCAAAAAGAUAAUAUCAAAUGCAACCAGAUGGUCACAAACUCAAAAUGUGUUGCAGGCAAUCGAUGGGCUUUACUGUGUUGGCGAUAGCUGCUUUCCUGGACAAGGGGUCAUAGCAGUAGCAUUUUCUGGCAUCAUGUGUGCGCAUCGAGUGGCUUCAGAUAUUGGACUUGAGAAGAAGUCUCUGGUGCUGGACGCUGCCUUGCUGCGAUUGCUUGGCUGGUUAAGAUCAAUAGCCUGAAUUUCAACAAGCAUUUUUGUAAGAUCCUGAAAGUUACAAGGAGAAGAAGCCGCAGCUGUAGUUGGUUUGAUAGAUAGAUAGAGAGAGAGAGAUGAAUGAUGAAGUGGGCUCUUGGUAUCACUGAUCAAGUGAGUUGCAGGCGCGCCAUGGCUAGAGAUGGCUUGCAGUUUGUGGAUAGAUUUAUCACAAUGUGAUUUCAUGAAGCUUUUCAAAAGGGUUCUGUGCCGUCGUAGGUGUUAUUGCUGUACAGUGUUAUGAGGUCUUCUCUUCUUCAAUUUAAUUUAUAGUAGUGAUAUAGUUCCACCAAUUUCUCAUGAGUUUGCAGUAAUGUUUUUCGCUAGGAUAUUUGUUGGGUCUUGGUCCAAAACCUGUAUUCGGGUCUUGGUCGCGGUCUGGGUCCAGCCGGACCCAACCUGAAUAAUAUGGGUAUAUGUGGGUAAAUGCUGUCAAUACGUUUGUUUCUUUGGAAUUUUCAGUUAUUAUGUAAAGCAGUAAGGAAUGUUAGUAUAUGUAAUAUGUGGGUAUUCAUGAAUGUUGUACAAUACUGUAAA